AUGGUCGAAAAUAUAAAGGGCACUAGUUGUUUCAGUAUGAACAUGUUUGCAAGCAUACAGAGACUUCUUCUUGGGAAGAGAAAGGCUCUUACAAAGACACAAAGGAGUGCGUACUACCUCAGUGGGUUUGCACACUUCCAAAGCAUUCUAAGCUGUGUAGGCCUGGAGAGCCAGGCACAGGCCAGGCGCGCUGAGCAGGAGUACUCCUUUCUUAUACAGGAGAUUGAAAAGGAGCCGCAUGAGAAGAGCCACCUGUUCCUUCUUUUCAGCUCUUUUUUUGCACAGGUAGAAGCUCUGCUGCCUCUUGCCCCGAGAGUGUCUGGGGCCAUCAGGGUAAUCCAGGAAGAGGCCGAGGAUCUUUUGGUACAUCAGAUGUACAUGCACGUGGAAAAGGCGGCAACAGAAGACCCGCCAAAAGAGCCCGCCCAAAUAUUUACCGCGCUUUUCGAGAAACUCCCGCCAAAAAAGGCAAGCGGGAUUCGGAUUCGGUACUUCUCUCAGCGAAUACAGAAGAUACAAAAGGCCAGCAAAGGGCUUGCUCCAGACGAUUUAGUAAGUGCGGUGGACUGGGAAUGCAAAAAAUACGCUUCUCUUUUUGGAGUAAAGGAUAUUAUGGAGGAUAGAGUGCUUGUCCUGGAUGGUUUUAUUUAUUCAUUUAUAAGGGGAAGUCAGGGUUCCUCGCAGAAAGACCUAUGCCACCUAAGGGAAUGCGUUCGUACACGUGCAGGUACCUGUAAGGGAGCUGCUUUUCUUCUAAAAAGGCUCAAUAUAAAACCCUAA